GGAGGGAGACGUCAUAGCACUACGGCCAGACAGGAGACAUUCGCUUCUCUCAGAGGCAUCAAUGAUGACGAUCAUAUAGUUCUGGAGCCAGGUGACAUGUUCCCACCUCGUUCCCCCCCUCCCUCCCCCCGGGGUGACCAGAAGAGGGGUCCCCAGAGCCCCCAGCAGCACCGCCUCUUCAGGGUGGUCCGCACGCCCAUCCUCGACAGCGUCAGGAACAGUCUGGACCUGGCUCUGUCUCGACCAAUCACAGCCCUGGAUAACGAGAGGUUCACCGUUCAGUCCAUCAUGGCCAAGUUCGCCUGCCCUAUUGUACUGGUGGCGUUCUUGGUUGUGAAUACAGUGCGUUAUUUCUUUGACGCCCCUAGCCUCACUCCUGGACGCUUCAACUUCAUCCAGCUGCAGCUGAUGGGAGUGCUGCCCAUCCUUCCCCUGCUGUUUCCUGUCAUGUGGGUGCUGGUCAACACCUAUGGAGAGGCUAGCGUCCUGGCUGAGUCCAGCAGAGCUUCUCCUACUGGCCUGCUUGCUAAGUUUUCCGAGGACACUUUAAGCAGCUACACUGAAGUGGUGUCCUCCCAGGAGAUUCUGCGGUGUGUGUGGAGACACCUGGUGGGCGUGCUGAAGGGAGAAUCACAGACACUCUGCUAUACUUCCAGCCUGCUACACACACUUGGCUCUGUCACUGUGUUGUGUUGUGUAGAUAAACGGGGUGUAUUAUCCUGGCCUAACCCCAGUCCAGAGACGGUGCUGUUCUUUAGUGGUCGCGUGGAGCCGCCUCACAACGACAGUCAAGAAGACCUGCGAGACGACCUCUCUGUCAACUCCGAGGACCGGGACGAGACACAGGAGGGGGAGGCUCUGCUGUGUAUGCCAAUGAUGGAUGGGUAUGAGCCCAGCGAGACGUCACAUGACACUGGCUGUUCGCAAGCACGGGAGACACACACACGCACCAAACACCCCUCAGGAUCUAAUGUCAGCUUCAGCCACGACACAGAUGGAGGGGAUCAGGGCCCUGAACAGGAUAUGUCGGGUUGCUAUGACAACGAAGCGGAGGACUACGUGUGUGACUACCACCUGGAGAUGUUGAGUCUGUCUCAGGACCAGCAGAACCCGGUGAGUAUCCAGUUUGACGAGCAGGGCUGGCAGUGCCACCUGCCCAGCCUCAAGCCCCUGGGCCUCAACAUCCUGCUCAACCUGUGCAACGCCAGCGUCACCCAGCAGCUCUGCCGCUUCUCCGACCACCUCAGUAACCUGGCGCUGCAGGAGAGCCACGGGGCCGUGCUGCCCGUCCACGUGCCCUGGGGACUGUGUGAGCUGUCCAGGCUUAUAGGGUUCACUCCCGGGGCGAGGGAGCUGUUUAAACAGGAGAACCACCUAGCUCUGUACCAGCUGCCCUGUGGGGAGAAGGCCAAGGAGUCUGUCCCUCGACGCCAACAUAACUUUACCAAGAGACAACCUCCCAUCAGCCACCUCAUCUCCCUCUUCAUCAGAGACUCCUCUUCCAAUAACGUCCAGAUGUUGUCUCACGGCUCAGCUGACCUCAUCCUGGAGGCCUGCACUGAUGUCUGGGACGGAACCGACAUCUACCCCCUCUCUGGCUCCGACAGGAAGAAGGUUCUGGACUUCUACCAGCGGGCCUGUCUGUCGGGAUACUGCUCUGCUUUUGCCUACAAGCCCAUGCAGGUGUCUCUGUCCAACCAGCUCAAUGGGAAAUGUGUUGAGCUAGCCCCCGGACCCAACAUCUUCUCUGGGGUAGAACUACCCUCCACCACCCCUAUCAAACAUGUCUCCCGCAGGAACUCCUGGAGCUCUGAUGAGGGUAUAGGAGGUGUGGAGAAGGAUGACUGUGUUCAGGCUCUGAGUGGUCAGAUCUUCAUGGGGAUGGUGUCAUCCCAGUUCCAGGCUCGUCUGGACACGGUCAGGCUCAUAGACGCUCUGGUCACCGCCUGCAUACGCUUCGUCUACUUCUCUAUGGAGGACGAACUACGCAGCAAGGUGUUUGCAGAGAAGAUGGGCCUGGAGACAGGGUGGAACUGUCACAUCUCUCUGACCCCAAACAGAGACAGUCCCUGUGACGGCGCCCCCAACAGCCCCGGCCAGUACUCCGUACACGAUGAACAUCAAGACUCCAGAGAUGAGGCAGAGGGGCUGCUGUUACCAGAGGAGGAGACCGCUGAUGUCCCCAGCUUCCUGGAGGACUGCAACAGGGCGAAGCUACCUCGUGGUAUCCACCAGGUUCGUCCUCACCUGAAGAACAUUGACAACGUGCCUCUGUUGGUGCCCCUCUUCACCGACUGUACCCCAGAGACCAUGUGUGAGAUGAUCAAGAUCAUGCAGGAGAACAGAGAAGUGACGUGCUGCCUGGGGAGCUCUGCUAACUUCCGCAACAGCUGCCUCUUUCUACAGAGUGACCUCAGCAUCGCCCUGGACCCCCUGUACCCGUCGCGGUGUUCGUGGGAGACGUUUGGCUACGCUACAGGAGCAGGGCUGAACGGGGAGGUGGAGGGUCUGUCUCCCCUCAGUCUGUCUGGUCAACUCAACACCCUGGCCUGUUCUGUCACCUUCCACCAGGGGGAGUCAGUCAGCAUGGUCAAACUCAUAGAACAGGCACGUCACACCACCUACAGCAUCCGCAAGAGCUUCUUGUUCCUGUUGCAGUGUCAGCUGACUCUGGUCCUCAUCCAGUUUCUGGCCUGCCUAGCCCAGCUCCCUCCUCCUAUGAACAUCACUGACAUCCUGUGGCUGUCCUGCUUCAGCUGUCCAUUGCUCAGUGUGUCAUUCUUAGGAAAGCCACCAGACAGUUCUGUGAUGAAUGUAGCCACAGGGAAGAACCAAGAUGCCAUCCCCAGAAAG